AUAAAUAAAAGCCACCACCCCCUCUACUUGCUUGCGACGACUACUACUCUCCAUCCCAUCCCCUUUGCUUCUCGCCUCGCCUCACCCGCUGCUGCUGCUGCUGCGGCGUCGUCACUCGUCAGCGUCACCCGCCGGCCUCGCCUUCCCAACCGCUCCCGCCGCAGCGUUGCCUCCUGCUGACCGGAAGGAUUCACUGACUGACUGGAGGAGCAGGAGGCUUGAGCCAUGGAUCCGUCGGGCGCAUUCCUGCAGCCGCAGCCGCAGGUGGGCUCCUUCUCCUUCCCCCGGAGCUCCAGCAACGUGUCGCUGUCGUCGCUGGCCAGGAGCGCCGGACGCGGGAGGGGCGCCACCAGGGGCAGGAGGAUGGUGCGCAGGGUCUGCCGCGGCGUCAUCACCUUCAUCUUCGCCAUCGCUGGUCUGUUCCUGGGAGCGGUGACCGGCGGCCUGAUCGGGCUGGCCACGGAGAGCGGCCUGUUCCGCGGCACCGGCAUCGGCGCCAUCACCGGCGCGCUCGUCUCCAUCGAGGUCGUCGACUCCUCCAUCCGGCUGUGGCAGGCGCGCCGCUCCGGGAUCUGGAGCAUCCUCUAUGUGCUGAACGUGAUCUACAGCCUCCUGACCGGCAGGCUCGUCCGGGAGAAGGUCGAUCCGGCGGUGCAGCGGGUGGUCCGGAGCCAGAUGAACGCGGUGGACUCGUCGCCGUUCAGGGAGUCGCCGGACCUGUUCGAGGUGGAGGCCACCAACGGCAUGCCGCGGGCGUCCAUCGACAAGCUCCCCGAGUCCUGGAUCACCGAGGAGUACAAGCGCGACGCCGUCGGCGACCUCUCCGGCUGCUCAGUGUGUCUUCAGGAUUUCCAGGUCGGGGAGAAGGUGCGGAGCCUGCCGGACUGCUGGCACGUGUUCCACGUGCCGUGCAUCGACGGCUGGCUGAUCAAGCACGGGUCCUGCCCGCUCUGCAGGAGGAAGCUCUAGACGCACCGACGCCAUGGAUGGAUCAUGGAUGCAUGCUUGCUUGCUGCGAGUCGAUGUCACACUGCUGCCUAGGAUGAGGAGAGGAGCUGGAGGAGGAGGAAGAGACUGACAUCUAUAGAACCCUUAAUUUAUAGAGAGUUUUUGUUUUUUUGCUUCUGCUGCUGCUUGUACGUGUUCUACCUUUUUUUCUUGCAUCUUUUUUUGAUCUAUAAUAUCUUCCUCUCGCUCGUACGUUCUCUCCUGAUCAUGUAAUAUAUUCGUCUGCUGCUGCUGAAAACGGAAAACCCUUGGACCGGCCGGCUUGUUUUUCGAUCUGCUGUAAUAUAUUACUUCUAGUUUGUAUAUCA